UUGAAAGCCAUCACGGUUAAAAUACCGCUUUGUGAGCAUGACAUAUAAAUACUACAUUGUUUUUUCUUUUCUUCUUUUUUUUUAACGCGUAACAUGUUAAACCCACAAAAUAGAGCACAAGAAAGAACUACCGAAGAAAUCAUUCUUGAGCCUUACAACUACUUAAUCUCACACCCGGGGAAAGAAAUUCGUACCAAGUUGAUAUCUGCUUUCAACUUGUGGCUCAAUGUGUCCGAAGAUGUGACUGAAGUAGUGAACAAAGUAGUGGGCAUGCUUCACAAUGCCAGUUUAAUGAUUGAUGAUGUACAAGAUGAUUCUGACUUAAGAAGAGGUGUACCAGUUGCUCAUCAUAUCUAUGGUGUUCCUCAGACUAUUAAUACAGCAAACUAUGUUAUUUUUCUGGCUCUACAGGAAGUCAUGAGACUAAACAAUCCUGAAAUGAUUCAUGCUUGUACCGAAGAAUUGAUUAAUUUACAUAAAGGUCAGGGCAUUGAGUUGUAUUGGAGAGACAGCUUAACAUGCCCUACUGAAGAGGAAUAUAUUGAUAUGGUCAACAAUAAAACAAGUGGGUUAUUAAGAUUGGCUGUUCGUUUAAUGCAAGCUGCUAGUCAAACUGAAAUUGACUACACUUCUUUGGUAAACAUCAUUGGUAUUCAUUUUCAAGUGCGUGAUGACUACAUGAACCUCCAAUCCAACACAGUAAGUAUAGUGAUAAAAAAAGUCUAUGUAACUUAACAAUUGUAGUAUACACAAAACAAAGGCUUUUGCGAGGAUUUAACUGAAGGCAAAUUUUCUUUCCCUAUCAUUCAUGCUAUCCGGAAAGAUGUCUCUAACAGACAAUUGCUGAAUAUUGUUAGUCAAAAGCCAACGAACAUUGAGGUAAAGAAAUAUGCAUUGGAAAUCAUUCAAAAGACAGGAACUUUUGAAUAUGUACGUAAAUUCCUCCAUCAAAAAGAAGAAGAGAUUUUAGUUGAAAUCAAACGUUUAGGAGGCAAUCCUUUGUUAGAAAAAUAUAUUGAAACUAUCAGAAUAAAGCAAGAAUA